AUGAAGCGCCUUCUACGGCAACUCCAAGCUACUCUGCGCGCUAGCACGGCACUCGUGAAUACAGCACGUCAGGCAUUGGAUACUACAGCGAUCAGAUACAAGCUCUAUCAAGAUAGAGAAUCUCAGCAUGUGUUCGAACAGGCUCUGCGUGAAUACCACGACUGUGUUGCACGCACCAGCAUGUAUAAUCAAGAUACGGCGUUUGAUUUCCAAGCACAGCACAUGGAAAAAUCGAAUCGUUUUUUCUUUCGCCCCGUGGAUCCCAGUGUGCAUCGUGUAUCAAUCGGAGAAGUGCAACUCCCAGACGGAUCACUGUCUUCAUCACAACAGGAUAUUACGCUGCAGCUUCUGGACCACUGGGCUUUCUACCAAGUUGCCCCAACAAUAUUUGGCGAAUGCCUGUGUAUUGUGUUCAAUCACCACCUCCAAGUGGGUUCUAUCGACCGAUUGCAUUGA